AAAUGGCGGGUGCUUCGAAAGAGAAACAACUCGCACGUCAAAUUUACAGUUUAUUACAGGCUGUGUCUUGCCCCCUGAUGGACGGCCUGUUCCUGCAGGAGGAGGACAGUAUGCUGCAGCUGCUCUGCUCUCCCUCUCAGUAUCGCACAGACAUACUCACCUGGAUCUGCAGCAGUAUAAAUCCAAUCUUCCUGAAUUCAAAAGCCAAAGACCCUGAAAUCGUGACUAAAGAAAUGGCUUUGCUUGGGCAAGAGCUCAUGUUAUGCAAAGCUACAGACUUGGAUCUGAUCAGGGGUUCCCAGAGUCCUGUGCGUCAGCUGCUCUUCCUGAAGCAGCUCCUGAGCCUGAUCCCUGUCUCCACAGACUCUGAGCUCAGAUCUGAUCCUGACCUCCUCCUCAAUGAGCUGUUUUCUGCGGAGAACCUGCCUCAGCUUAAUCACAUGCUCAGACCGGCUCUGGACCCCUGGCCCGCCCACAUCAGAUACAGAAUGGCUUUGCAAAAAGGAUCUAAACUUCAGAAAUCAUUUAAAGAAGAAACUCCAGACCUCGCGGCUCUUCUGCUGUCAACACAAACAGCCUUAGAGCAGCUAAAGGCAGAGUGCGAUUUCCUGAAAGAGUCUCAGAGCACCAGUGUCUUCUCUUUGAGCGCGCUGAGGGUCGCAGCAGGAGACCUUCACCAGAUGAUGGCAGCGUUCAGACACGUUUAUGAAACUGACUUGAAAUCCUACUGCAACAAAACACCACCUACCUUCAGCCCCGAGAUCAGCGUUUUCAAGAGGGUGCACGAGCUCAUGACGACCUGCAAUACGGAUUUGGAAAUAUUAAAUGAACUUUCAGAGGCGUCUGGGGCCGUGACUGAGGACGUGCGCCACCUACAGACCAAACCCUACUGGAGCAGAGGGGAAAAGCACACUCUGCCCGACCAGUUGGAGGAGCUGACCAGACGCUAUCGUGAAUUUCUGUCUCUCCUUAAUCCUUAGCAAAAACUGUUCUUUAAGUUUUAUUUGUACAACUUUAAAAUCAAAACCUUUACAAUGAAUGGAAUUUAAGUAAAUUGUAGUGUCCCUUUGGCAAUACACUUCACCCACCUUGUCUGCGUGUUUGGAGAGGUUCUUGGCACAUUGGCAGCCACAUUUUGCCACAGCUGCCCUAACCUGACUGACCACAGAGGAGGGUUAGAGACUAAAGCACUUUGAGAAGCCAUUUAUUGUGACUAAUCAUUAUUUUCUGAUCGUGUUAUGUUCUUCCUCAUCAUAAACAGACCUGGAGUUAUAAGAUGCAAAAAACCCAAGGCACUCACUGGUUCAAAUAAAAUGCCUUUAUUAAUUUACGGCAUGUCUUAAUGGACUUACAAAGUUGUGGUCCAGUGUUGUCUGAUUGUUGAUCGUUAGUCCCCAGAGGAAAGCCAUAGUCUGAAACACGUCUGGACUUUGUAAGUUGUCCAUUAAGACAUGCUGUAAAUUAAUAAAGGCAUUUUAUUUGAACCAGUGAGGGCCCUGGGUUUUUGCAUCUUUUACUCACUUCUCUUCCCAAAGAGCACCACUGACUUUUAUCUACUGUGUAUUAUCCUGCGCUUCUUUUUUAGACCUGGAGUUGUGUUUUGUUUAGUUCACAAAUGUUUAACACACAAACUCUGCACAUUUAGUUCUUCUCAGGCUAAAAACACUCUGUUCUACUUUGUGAUGUCAUGUGGUCAUGUGUUUGAGCCCUGGAAUUAAAAGGAAGCUGCAAACUUGAAAUCAACCACUGCAUGACAUCAUAAGGUGGAACAGAGCAUUUUGAGCUUUGGAGGUGUAGAUUAAUAAUGCAGGAUUAUUCAAACAUGUGUGAAUGAAACAAAACACAACUCCAGGUCUGUUUUUGAGAAGGGAACAUAACGUAGCUUGAAGCUAUAAGAGCGCAUUUUGUGUCAAAUAAAACCUUUAACUGUU